AUAAUCAUAGCAAAUGUGGCGGCGUUUUUCAAUCUUCUUCUCCGAUGCCCUUCCACCAUUCUUCCCCGGCCAUUCUUUCACUCCUAAAAAAUUGCAGAACCCUCAGAGAUCUCAAUCAAAUUCACGCUCACAUCAUCCGCAGAGGCUGCGAGCAAGACCACUACUUGAUCGCUCAGUUCCUCACCAUCAGCACCGCCGCGCAGCCCGCCAACAUCCGCUACCCAACCGCCGCAUUCGAUUCAGUAAUCAACCCUAACAUCUAUCUCUGGAACAUCCUGAUUAAAAUUCACUGCGAGAACGGGCCUCUCGGCGGAUGUUUCUCGCUGUUUAGGAGGAUGCGGAAAGGGGGGAAUGUGGUUCCGGAUAAGUACACUUUUCCAUCGAUGAUUAAGGCUUGCUCGAGCGUUUCUGCGCUGAGGGAGGGGCGGAUUGUCCACGCGGCGGCGGUGCGGUGUGGGACGGAGGGGGAUGUGUUUAUGGGGUCGAGUUUGAUUGAUUUUUACGGGAAGUGUCGGGAGAUUGAGUCUGCGUGGAAGGUGUUUGAUGGAAUGUGUGUGAGGAAUGAGGUUUCGUGGACGGCGAUGAUGGUUGGGUGCUUGGAUUGUGGGGAUAUGGAGGCUGCUAGGAAGAUGUUUGAUGAAAUGCCUAAGAAGAAUGAUGCUACGUGGAAUGCGAUGAUUAAGGGGUUAGUGAGGUUGGGGGAUUUGGUGAAUGCGAGGAAGGUGUUUGAUGAAAUGCCUGUGAGAGAUGCUGUUUCUUUUACUACUUUGAUCGGUGGUUAUGCGAAGGGUGGAGAUAUGGCGACUGCGAGGUUUAUGUUUGAUCAAAUGGAUAGCAAGGAUUUGGUGUCGUGGUCCGCGUUGAUGUCGGGGUACGUGCAGAAUGGGAAGCCGGGUGAAGCGGUGAAGGUUUUUGGCGAAAUGCGGGCUAUGAAUUUGAAGCCGGAUGAGUUCAUACUAGUGAGUUUGAUGUCUGCUUGCGCCCAAUUGGGAUCGUCCGAGCUAGCAAGAUGGAUCGAGUCCUAUAUGCACGAAGGGGCAUAUGACACGUCGCGCCCUCACGUAGCUGCAGCUCUCGUUGAUAUGAACGCGAAAUGCGGGGAUAUGGCGCGAGCGAUUAAGCUGUUUGAGGAGAUGCCGCGGCGCGAUCUUGUCUCGUAUUGUUCAAUGAUCCAAGGCCUGUGUAUCCACGGACGUGGAGCAGAGGCCGUUGCCCUGUUUCACAGGAUGAUAGACGAGGGCGUGAGGCCUGACGACGUGGCAUUCACGGUCAUCCUGACCACGUGUAGCCACGCCGGGCUUGUGGAUGAGGGGUGCCGUGUUUUUGACCUUAUGACGGAGAAGUACUCCAUGAGUCCGUCUCCGGAUCACUAUGCGUGUAUGGUGAACCUUCUUGGGAAAUCGGGGAGGGUGAAGGCGGCCUACGAGCUUAUACGGUCUGUGCCUAUGGAGUCCCAUGCUGGUGCUUGGGGUGCUCUUCUCGGGGCGUGUAGGAGUCAAGGUGAUGUUGAAUUAGGCGAGAUGGUCGCGAAGAGGCUCUUUGAAGUCGAGCCUCAGAACGCCGGGAACUAUGUGUUACUGUCCAACAUUUAUGCAGAGGCUGAGAGGUGGUUGAAUGUGUCUGAUUUGAGGGAGAGGAUGAGUGAGAAAGGGCUCAGAAAAGUUCCCGGUUGCAGCUACCUCGAUUCGACUACCCCGGCUUGAGUCUUGAAUUAUACGAUCCCAAGAUCGUUUUUUGAAGAGCUCGGUGUUGUGAAGUGGCUUUGAUACGCGUCGGGAUAUUGUGGUUGCUCGAUUUUGCGGGAAAUCAAAGGGAGCGUUGGGACUGUGACGCGAAUGUGACUGUAAUGCAGCACAAAGUAUACUUCUAGUGAGAAGGCAUGCCGCAUUUUGAAGAAAGUUUUCGCAUAUCUGUGAGAGUUGGCAUGAAUGGAUGGGCGCGUCGCCUCCCAUUGAUCACAUGAUUCGGAGAAUCGAGCUUGUUUUGUGGGUGUUUGAGAUCAAGAAUGCGCCCACGCGGGGAGGAAUGGGAAGGAAGUGUUGCUGUUGCAUUGUCAUUGCUGGAAGUGAAAGCGAGAGGUGUAGAUAACUUAUUGCAGAAUGUGAUUAGAUUUGGUUGGAAUCUGUUUUGUGCUAAUAUGUAGCAGAUGAUUUUGAACUAGAUGAAGUGAUCAGAAGAAGGAAAAACUAGGAAAUCUUUACUUUAUCAA